ACACAUAUUCCCGUGCUCCUGGCCCGGCUCGGGCUCGCCUGUCAAACACUUCAUUGUUCGCAGCUGAUGUCACUAGCAGUUGUGAGCGGCCGCCUCUCCCGGGGACAAUGUGGCACUGAGCGGCCCAGCCACCCCCCCAGCGCUGCAGGACAGACCCCAGAGGCUUUGAGAGAGAGCAGGCGGCCGUCGGGCCAGGUGGAUGCACUGUCGGGCCACCUCCUCAGUGGCGGUCUCCCCGGACAGCAUGAGCGGCUCUGACCCAGGGCUCGAGGAGGAGCCGGAGCUGAGCAUCACCCUCACCCUGCGCAUGAUCAUGCACGGAAAGGAGGUGGGCAGCAUCAUUGGGAAGAAAGGGGAGACAGUCAAGAGAAUCCGGGAGCAGAGCUGUGCCCGGAUCACAAUCUCGGAGGGCUCCUGCCCAGAGAGAAUCACCACCAUCACCGGCUCCACGGGGGCCGUUUUCCACGCCGUGUCCAUGAUUGCCUUCAAACUGGAUGAGGACCUGUGUACAGGCCCCCCAAACGGCGGCAGCAUCUCUAAGCCCCCAGUAACCCUCCGCCUGGUCAUUCCGGCCAGUCAGUGUGGUUCCCUCAUUGGGAAAGCCGGGACCAAGAUUAAGGAGAUCCGGGAGACCACAGGGGCUCAGGUACAGGUGGCUGGAGACCUGCUUCCCAACUCCACAGAGAGGGCAGUCACUGUUUCUGGGGUCCCAGAUGCCAUCAUCCUCUGUGUCCGCCAGAUCUGUGCUGUGAUUCUAGAGUCCCCUCCCAAAGGAGCUACCAUCCCCUACCACCCCAGCCUCUCCCUGGGCACCGUCCUGCUCUCCGCCAAUCAGGGUUUCUCUGUUCAGGGCCAGUAUGGAACAGUGACUCCAGCCGAGGUCAGCAAGCUCCAGCAGCUCUCCGGCCACCCCGUGCCCUUUGCUUCACCCAGCGUGGUGCCAGGACUGGAUCCCAGUGCCCAGACCAGCUCCCAGGAGUUCCUGGUUCCCAAUGACCUGAUUGGCUGCGUGAUCGGGCGGCAGGGCAGCAAGAUCAGUGAGAUCCGGCAGAUGUCCGGGGCCCACAUCAAGAUCGGGAACCAGGCGGAGGGUUCUGGGGAGCGGCACGUCACCAUCACGGGCUCCCCGGUCUCCAUCGCCCUGGCCCAGUACCUCAUCACUGCCUGCUUAGAGACGGCCAAGUCUACCUCAGGAGGGACGCCCGGCUCGGGGCCCGCGGAGCUGUCCGCCCCCUUCUCCCCGCCCCUGGCCCCGUCCCCGGCCCUGACGGCCCUGCCCGCCGCCCCUCCGGGCCUGCUGGGCACCCCCUACGCCAUCUCCCUCUCCAACUUCAUCGGCCUCAAGCCCGUGCCCUUCCUGGCCCUGCCCCCGUCCUCGCCCGGGCCGCCUCCCAGCGGCCUCUCGGCCUACACCGCCAAGAUGGCGGCCGCCAAUGGCAGCAAGAAGUCCGAGAGGCAGAAGUUCUCCCCGUACUGAAGCGGGGGGGAGGGGGGGGCCGGAGCCGGGGGGCACCGCGGGGCGGGACGGCCCCGACUCCGGCUCCGCGCAGCCCCAGCUCACCCCGACCCCGGGCCCGGCAGACACCUCCCUAGCAAAGUCCCGUACGCAUGGAUCUUAGGGCCCCGGCGCCUGCGCCCGGAGUCUGCCUCAGGCCGCGUGGGGGGGCGCUGACCCAGGUCUAGGAAGCCCGAGGGGGAGGGAGGAGGUGGCAGCGGCCGCCUGUAGCCCCCACCCACUGCCCCUCCCCCUCCCGGGCCGCUCCUCCGGCUGGGAUACAGGCAAUCCCGGGGGAGGGGCAGCCCCCAGUGCCUCCCUCUGGGAGGGGCGGGAGGGUCCCAAGGAGGCCCCGUUUCCCACCCACAUCCGCUCCUGCUGCUUGAGCAACAUUCUCUCGACUGGAACAGGCUGGCUGGGCAGGGGCAUAGCGGGGGGGGUGGGGCCAGGAUGGGGGGGCACUGCCAGGCAGCUGGGGGGGAUGGGGGGGGACAGGCGCGCUCUCAGCAGCCAAGACUCUGUACAGUUUUUUCAAUCCAGUUUUUGAAUAAAUAUUCUCAGUGACC